AUGACGACCAUUAUUGCUGCUCCUGCUGCACACGCCGUCCCCCGAGACCAAGGUCUCUCCAGCCUUGCCCAUCUCGCUGCUUCUGCUCCCCCAAUGGCCACCAGAACCACUCCUCCAGGCACCAACGCGCCUGUCUCGACCGAAACCUCUCCCAGGUCUGCCCCGCGACACAGUGCUGAAGACAACAUCUCCCCCAAAAGUGCCCGCGCCGCCGGACUGCGAUCCGUUACAAAGAUCAAGAAGGAACCUCCAGCAUCGCCAAACCCAUCGGCAAAGCCUAGACCCAGACGCCUUGACCUGUCUGUUCACGGAGCCACUGGUCGUGGUCCUCAGACCGCCCGCCCAGCUCCUCUGACAGCGAGAGACUCGACGGGACUUGCUAUCCAUGACCUCGGCGUUGCAUGUCUAUCACCAGGCUUCCAGACCCAAGACCCAACUAUGCGCUCCCAGCUCCAGCGUAGUCUGGACGUGAGAGAGCAGCAGCGUCAGAUUAUCGAGGCUCGCCAGAAAGGCGUGAAACCUCCACUCGAUGCUCCAGGCACUGCGCCCGGCGCUGAAUCCGCACAGUUCGGCAUGCCUCAAAGGACACCCUCAACAUCGCGUAGAAAGGGCCCUCCUCCUGGCUUGUCAAUCACGGCCCCAUCGGCUGCGACUUUUUCGAACGAACGCGUUGUUCAGUCUGCUCCGCUGCACCAUUCUUUCACAGGACUGCGCCCGCAUGCUCACCAGCCCAGCGGUCUCAGCCAAACCAGCCAUAUUCAUCAUGUGCCUGCCACACAAACAGCGAACCGUCUUCCUCCAAUCUCGGACGUCUUUGCUCACGACAGUCUUCAAGCCCCUCCGUCCGCUCGCCCACCGACUGCCAUGUUCGCAACAGGCCACUCGCCCAGUAUUGGUCCUCCCCCGCUUCAGAGCCCCGGACUCAUGCAACAGCAACAACAGCAGCACCAACACAGCCAAGGACCGCUCACGGGACGUGGCAGAGAGUUCAAGAGUGCCGAAGAAGCCGUGCAGGAAAUGUCCCGUGGCCGUGAAGACCUGCUGCCCAAGAUUGUCCACUAUGGCGGUGCACAACCGCCCACACCUCCUUCGCCCAUGCCCCCGAGUCAGCAAGCUCAACAUCCCGGCCACUCUCAGUCGUACCCUCAUCCUCCCCAGCGCCAAUCGCCCCACAUUUCCGGAGCCGCACGCGUGGACGCCCUUAGGUCGGAGCAUAGCCAGUCGCAAAUAGCUGGUAGGAGACGUCCGCGCGACGAAUAUGAGCGUGAACAUGGUAGUCCCCUGGGCCAGCAGGAAGCCAAGCGGCCCACAUAUCACUCCGAUCCCAGCGCCGACUGGCGUUCGGGCAUGAGCAACCAAGAAAAGAGGGACGAGUUCUUGCGCCUAUGCUCGCGCGCAUGGGACUUGUUCCAUUCGUGA